AUUUUUUUAAAAUUAAAAAAAUAAAAUAAAUUUUUUAUAAUAAAAUAAUUAAUUAAAAUAAUUAAUUAAUUCUAUAAUUAAAACUCAACCCUUUUAGCAAGAUUUCGACAUUUGCGAAAACGUCAAAGCCUUCCACUGAUAUGUCUCCGACAUCAUUUACUACACUCAGAAAAAGACCUGCUCAAACCCCAGCCACCCCGAUGCUUUCCGGACCCGUCCGCCAUGAUCGGAACCCAUCUCCAAACCCGAAACCCAUAUUCCAGUUCCUAGCAAUCGGACUCAUAGUUUUUCUCGGGUUCCUCCAGUUCUUACCCGCCACCCAUUUCCGUGACCCCUCCGAUCCUCUGAGAAACUGGAUUCCGUUCAAUUCAACUUCUUCUUCAACUUUGAGGGAUUCUAGUAGUGAUGGAAGCUUCAAUUCUGUGGGGAGUAAUGAUGGAGAGGAUGGACUGGUGCAUGUUGUAUCAUGGAUUCAAUGUCUUGACCUCCGAAUGCUUGCAGUUCUUGCAAACUCAACUCUGUCAAACUCGAGAUAUCCGGACUUAAUUUAUUUUCAUUUCUUUACACCUGAGGGAAAUAAAGACCAGGUUUCAUUUCAUAAGUUGAAGGUAUUAUUUCCACAUUCAAAUCUUGAAAUUCAUGGGCAGGAGGAAGUGAAAGAAUUAAUUAGGAGUGUUGCUUCUGAGGCAGAAUAUGCCAAACUCAAUCUUGGGGAUAUAGCUCCUUUUGUUAUACCAAGCUUCCACCAGUUACUCAGAAAAUUCAUUUAUGUAUCACCAAAUGUAAUUUUGAAGGGAAGUAUAGAAGACCUAACUGGAGUUCACUUAAGCUUGCAUGCUGUUGCAGCUGCUGAAGACUGCUCUAAAAGAUUAAACACCUAUGUUAAUUAUGAUGUUUUGGAGGCUAUUCAAAGAUCAGCCUCUAACCCCUGGGUAUCAGAGACACCUUAUCUCAAAGAUUAUUGUAUUCCUGACAUAAGCUUGCUUUUGAUUGAUGCAAGGAAAUUGGAUAGGGAAUUUCUAGCAGCUUUCCUGUGGUGGAGUAAAGUUCUGAACUGGAGUGAAAGGAGCAGUGAGAAGAAUCCAGCAAUUGCCCUGGUGCUCUACGACAAAUAUCACAAGUUUUCUGAUUCUUGGUUAGUCAAGAAUUCAACUUCACCCCAAGUCUCGAAUAUGAGUAUGAUCACUCAUUAUGAUGGACCCAAGAUUGUUUGCUCUGAACCUGGAAUUGGCAUCCAUAUUAAUCAACAAAUGCACAAUGGAAAUUUAUGGACACAAUACCUUUCUCCAUUGUCAAAUCUGCUCUUAAGAGAGUAGCAUUUCAAUUCUUCCUGUCCUGCAGUGGUGGACAUGAACUUCAAUGCCUAAUCCCAUUGACGAUCUGGACAUUGGUCAUAGCCGUCAUACCAAAAGUGCUAAUUUCAUUUACUGCAUCCCUGUGGUCUAUGGUUUCUGAUGAUUGAUACAUUUUAGGAUGUAAAUAUAACUGUUUUUACAUCCAUGUGAUUGAACCUCUGCUUGACUCAAGUUUCUCAAUUUAUCAUUACAUCACCGUCAUAAGAUUUUUUUU